GCUUGCAGGGCAACAGGGAGGCAAAGGAAGCCAUUGCAACCAACCUCUGAAGUCAGCUUUGGCGGAAUGGACCGGGAAACUGGCCCUGUGUUCGCUUCUGGACGCUCUGAGUAUGCUUUUGGCCCGCCCAGAGCCUCCUUUUUCUUCUCCCACGCCGUCUGACCCGGGCUCACGAGGAGUCACACAUCAUCCAUCGCAAAUACACCCCUGCUCCACUCUCUCACUCGCUCCCACACCCGCUCCCACACCCGCUCCCACACUCUCUCCCAUGCUCUGUCGCUCUGUUUGAGUGUUUCUCUGGCUUGCAUCCACACGAUGCAUCCCUACCCUCCACCUCAGCCCUGUUCUCUGGCUGUGCACUGUGGCCCACGAUGCGCUGCGCAGCCCACUCGCUCUCGCCCCUUGUUUCCAAUGUCCCGCCCAGGGCAUUGCAGGCAUUGCAGCACCACCACGCGAGUUUGUUUUACUCUGCAUCGCCAAAAGCUUCAGAUUUUGUGGCUGAGGGAGGGGGAGGUGCCACAGAACAAGGGGGUAUCCAACAUGCAAGGCGCGCCCAUCCAUGAACAAAACGACGAGCAGCAACCCGGCCAUUGGGCGCCGCUCGUGGGUUGGUUGUUAGGCCACAUCUCCUCACGCACAUGCCUCAACUCAACCGAGCCCGUGGCCAUCGUCCCUGGCCCCCAUGCCGCCGUCGUGGGGUUCGAGGCCCAUCCGGAGAACUCGAUAACAACGGAAAACAAGAAAACCGCCCCAAAAGUCCUACGACGCACGGCACUGACGCAACGCAACGCGCACCAGGUGAAUCCUCCCGCUUAGAAACCUCGUCGUGCAUGCGUCGCCGGGAUCGUCAUCUGCCCACCCUCUCCGUCUUCUUGGCGAGCUGCCGAGCCGGUAGCUCGCCCUACUGGGCGCUGGGCACGACUCUACCCUCCCGUUCGGAUCGCAGUUCCUAUCCCUGGC